AUGGAGCCCUGGCGCCACCGCCCAAGAGACCCAAUGGAGUGGAUACGUCCUGGAACCUUCUUCUUCCACUUCCCAAGCCUGCUCUACGCUUACGGGCGGAAAUCCUGCUACCUCUGCUUCCAAGUGAAAAGAGAGGGGGAGGGGCCCCCCUCCUAUGACUGGGGGGUCUUUAAAAACAAGGUCUAUUUCGAGGCUUGCUACCACGCAGAAUUCUGCUUCCUCUCUUGGUUCUGUGACCAGAAUCUGUCCCCUGACGAGCAUUACCAUGUCACCUGGUUCUUAUCCUGGAGCCCCUGCCCCACCUGUGCAGAGGAGGUGGUCAGAUUCCUGAGGGAAUACAGGAACGUGACGCUGAGCAUCUUCACCGCCCGCCUCUACUACUUCUGGCACCCACAUUUCCAGGACGGGCUUUACAGGCUAUGGUCUGCAGGGGUCCACCUGGACAUCAUGUCUUUUGAAGAUUAUGAAUACUGUUGGGACACCUUUGUGGACCACAAUGGGAUGCGCUUCCAGAGUUGGGAUCUAUUAAGAGAUAAUGAUUUCCUGGCCACAGAGCUUGAGAAUAUUCUUAGUCGGGGGGGGGAAAGAAGAGGAGAAUGUCCCUUCCCUCCCCACCCCAGGGGCCCAAGUGGACCAAGGAGUUGGGUUCAGAAGGUGACAGAGCCUGGGGACACCAGAAGAUGCUCUCUGCCUUUGGUUUUCUUCCUCUUGUGCAGAACCACAAUGAGUCCACUACAACAAGAAAUAUUCUUCUAUCAGUUCGGCAACCAGCCCCGGGCCCCAAAGCCCUACCACCGGAGGAAGACCUACUUGUGCUACCAGCUGAAGACACAUGAAGGCCACAUAACAGCCAAAGUCUGCCUUCAAAACAAGAAGAAGCGCCAUGCAGAAAUUCGCUUUAUUGACAAUAUCAUGGCACGAAAACUGGAAAAAGACCAGAGAUUUGAAAUCACCUGCUAUGUCACGUGGAGCCCCUGCCCCACCUGUGCGAAGGAACUGGUUGCAUUUGCCAGAAAACACAGCCACAUCAGCCUGCGGCUCUUUGCCUCCCGCCUGUAUUUCCACUGGCUCCAGGAGAAUAAGCAGGGGCUGAAGCAUCUGCACGCAUCCGGGAUCCCAGUGGCUGUCAUGAGCUCCCUGGAGUUUGAGGACUGCUGGAAGGAGUUUGUGGACAACCAGGGCAAGCCUUUCCAGCCCUGGAACAAGCUGGAACAGUACAGUAAAAACAUAACCCGUCGGCUCCAGAAGAUCCUCAAGCCGCAGAAUGAUUUAGAGAAUGAAUUCAGAAAUUUGCAUCUUUGA